AUGCCCGUUUUCCAUCGAGGAGCUUCCGUUUCGGCUGCCACCGAGGAUAUUUCAGCUGCUAGUGAUGAUAACGGUAGCCUGUUGACGAAGUUUCUUGUCUUGGGAGGACUUGUUCUUGCGGCGGUAGUAGUGGCCAGAAAGUGGUUCUAUCCAUACACUGUGGAAGAUCUUGAGAGCCGAGUGAUGUCCAUCGAUACGCUCCUCAAGAAAAACAUGGAUCUCCAGUGGAAUAUACUCGGGAAUUCUGGACCUGGUUUUUGGCGGGAGCUGGAGGAGCGUAAUGACGAAGUACGUCUAAUCAAGACAAACAUGAACGCGGAACCGGAUAGGACGAAGAUCGUGGCGUGGCUGGCUUUCAAGUGGUCUCAACUGCAUGGAAUCAAAGUGUGCUACUUGAGGUUGCAAGAGCUGCAAGAGCUGCAAUUGAAUGUUACGGUCAAGAUAGAAGAGCGCAUGCAGAACUUGCGCCCAGACAAUAACCCGAUGCUCACCUCGUAG